GUGACCGGUAAAGUUACCAGUGACAUUAUCGACGUAUAGAUUUAGAAGUGUCAAACAAAAAAUAUUUUUUGCUAAAAAAAGCACAAUGUCUGCUGCAAUUAGAUUUGGGGCCCGCUUGAAAGAAUUGCGGCUUCAUUUAUGUCAAAAGUCUGCAAGCAGUCAAGGUGUUAGAGAUUUCAUUGAGCAACAUUACGUUGCGAUUAAAUCAAACAACCCCAAAUUGCCCAUUUUGAUCAGGGAAUGUUCGGGAGUGGAGCCCAAAUUGUGGGCUAGGCACGAGCUAGGCAAAGAGACUUGCUAUUCGCUUAAAGAUCUCUCCGCCUCCGACAUCCUCACAAAGCUUCAAUCCGUGGCAUAAGCCAAAUGAAACAUAGUAGAAAAUGUAAAUAGUCUAUAAUUCUCUAAUAAAUUCUGUACAUGGUCA